AUGUGUCUCAACACAUAUAUUGAACAUAUCAAAGCUGAAAAGUACCGCCAGUUCGGCUUCUCCCUCCAACUCCUUAAUCCAAUCCACUGGUUUCAGUUUGCCGAUGAUGCUGCGGUUAUUACUGGUCAGGAGUCGGAAAAUCAACAUCUCCUUAAUCGAUUCUCUAUCUGGUGCCAAUGGUCCAACAUGGUUGUUAGAGUUGAUAAAUGUAGCACAUUUGGCAUCAAAAAAGUUUUAUCAAAAUUUGCCCAGUACCUGCCGAAGCUUUUGAUCAAUAAGGAUCUCAUACCAACGAUUAAGACUGGAGAAUCAUUUGAGUAUUUGGGACGACACUUCGACUUUAGCAUGACUAAUGAAAAACAUAAAUCUAAACUGAUCUCCCUCAUUGAUGAACUAAUGUCCGAAAUAGAUCUUAAACCUCUUCGCCCAAAAAACAAAAUCUUACUUUACAGUCGUUAUGUUUUGUCGAAACUAUCCUGGCAUUUUACUGUUGCUACGAUAUCUAAAACUUGGGUAGUCGAAAAUAUCGAUUCUCCGGUAAACAAGUACGUCCGAAAAUGGCUGGAAGUACCUAUAUCUGGAACAUUAAGUAACAUCUUUCUAACCCGUAAUAAGUUUGGUCUAAAUAUCAUCCCUGCAUCCGUCAAGUUCAUUCAGUGUCAAACAGUUCUACGCAAUGCCCUAAAAACAUCUCCAAACGAUUCAAUUAACGAACUGUGGAAGUCAACUAAUAAUCAUACUAACAUUCAAUACGAUAGCUACAACUCAACUAAAGAAGUUUUAAAAACUUUCCAUUCUCAACAAGAAAAUAAACUUAGGAACCGUUUGAAAUGUCAAGGUUCCUUUUUCGAAAAUGUUUCUAAAUUCUCCCUAUCACAACUUAACGCAAUCUGGUCGGUAUCGCAAUCAAAGCUACCAAAGAACAUUUUCAACUUUACAAUUCGCUAUAUGAAUAAUACCCUUCCUACCCCAAAGAACCUCAGUAGAUGGGGAAUUUCAUCAAGUUCUGACUGCUCGUUCUGCUUACACCCUGAAUCACUUCUGCACGUUGUUGCCGGUUGUCAACAUUACUUGGAACGAUUUACUUGGAGACACGAUUGCAUACUAAAGUUUCUUGCAAAAACCUUUCAAAGUUUAAACGAAUGCAAAUUACUUGUUGAUCUUCCUGGAUUUGAAAGCCCCUCGAUUAGUACUGGUGAUGAAUAUCGUCCUGAUUUGCUUGUCUCCACUUCAGACAAACACCUCUACGUUGUUGAACUUACCGUAGGCUUUGAAUCAAACCUCACAAACAAUGUUAACCGCAAGAAAGCUAUAUAA